AUGCCCGCCAGACAGGAGCAGCUGUGUGAUUCCACAGAACACCUCAAGCGCCUUCUGUCGAACCUGCCCCUCGUUCUGCCGCUCUUGCAUCAUGCCAGCACCCUCUCCUGGACCAACCAAUCCCCAAGUUUCAUUCACUUCUUUCCUCCUCUUCCCUCUCACCCCUCCCUUAACCCCCGCUCUCACCCCUCUUUCACCCAUACCUCUCAUCCGACCCUCUCACCCAUGUUUCCUUCCCUCUCUCUCUCCACCCCACCUUCCGCCUCUCCCUCCUUUUCCCUCCUUUUCCCUCCAUCCCACACUCAUGCCCAUUUCCCCCCUCCCUCCGCCGCCAGUGCAACUGCUGCUGGACUUCCAGCAGGCGUUGGGGCAGACGUUCGCUGGGUGGGUGGCUGGGGGCAACUGCAGCACUGCAGAGCAUGUGCUGUGCGAUGA